AUGGCUCCUUUUAACAAAGGGGUUUCCACAUACCAUUGCAUCCAGGGUCUCUACUGGAGAGAAUCGAAUGGCGAACUUCUGGCUGUCGAGGGUAGUAACUCGAAGUCACUGCCGGAAGUAUGGCCACAACUGAAGGACGAGAUACUCUCUUCGACCGCAUCGUGGGCUCGGGUUCAACUGCCAUCUGGCAAGGAGAUCAAGAGUUUACAGAUCACUUCUGAUGUCCCAGCUCUUUCAAACAUCAAAUCGAACUUCCCUCCCUCUUACCAGAAGGAAGAACUCCAUACGUUGAUAGCUGAGAUUGAGCAUGAUAAUGGUCGCGUUCUCGGCAUGGUGACAUCGAAACCGAAGUCCCUUGCUUCAGACAGUUUCAGCAUCUGGGCGGAGCGGUUCAUCCUCCUCGAGACCCAGUUCCAGCCCUUCGCCAACAUCUCAGACUCUUCGACUCCAUGGGCAGCAAAAAACCGCGAGAUUUGCCAAACAAUCGCCGAGAUCUUCGAGCGCAAGCUCAAGAAUCUCUCCAAAGAUGAUCAGUGGAACGUUUGCGGCCGUGAAGGCUUCCUCAACAGAGUGUAUGGCUUCGUCGAUAAGAACCUUCCUAUUCUUCUUGCCCUGCCUGCAUUCCCCUGCAAGUCACCAAACCCUAACAAGGCUGGUGGCAUCAUGCCUGAUCUUGCGGAAAAUAUCGCUCUGGAUGUGCUUUACGACUUCAUAAAGGAAGUCAACGCCGUGUACGAGCCCGGGGCAACCAUGUGGAUUAUUAAUGACGGCCACGUCUUCUCUGACUGCAUUGGUGUUGACGAUGAGAUGAUCGACACGUAUGAUGCCUGCAUGGCUGAGAUCUACAAAGAGCGCUUCCCAGGCCAAACCGCACCCGCCCCAGCGAUGGAUUUCAAAGGCCUAAAGAACAUCUUCAACUCUGAUUCUGAGGGUUUCCAAACUUUGAAGAAGGUGGCCGGCAAUGCUCACAAGAUGCCACACCCGGUCAAGACCAAGAUGACCGGAGAAGCAGAGCUGUGCAGAAGGCUCAUGCUGGGCAUUGGUGGGGCUGAUCGUGCCUUUAUCCGAUCACUUAUUGAGCAACAAGAGCCGGAAACAUUGGGACUGUACCGCGGCCAGACGCGCUUCAUGCUUGAGGAUCUUGCCGACGUUCCUUCUGUCAAGUCGCUUAGUGGCAAGCAGAAAAAGAAAACUGCUGCUCUCGUGGCUGAGGAGAUGAUUUCUCGUAAUCAAGGCUACUCCAACCUGGUCGAGCUGCUGCUGCCCAAUUAUGUUCGUCUCUCAAUCCACGCUCACAAUAACAAGGGCCCCAAGUUCGCCAUCCGCCUGCUGCCUAAGCACAUGGUCCGCCCAAUCGACGACCUUGACAAUCGAAUGGAGCCUGUAGCGGCGUACGAAUUUCAGAUCCCUACUCCCUGGCACAACUGUAUGAUCAAGGUUGAGGGUGAUGACUUCCUCUACCUUGCUCGCUCCGCUGUUGCCAAAAAGGCCCUGGCUAGCGCUGACUACACAGGGUCCUGGGUGAACGGCCCUGAUGGUUCAUACUUCAGCUUGAAGCGUGCUACAGCUUGGGUGCGUACACCCACGAAACUUAUCAUUCCCCAACUGUCAGUCGAGAAAGUCGCCAUCUUCGAUCAGAAAAAGGGUACAAUUGUGGUGGUGUCUCCGUUGGCAGAAAGGCAGCGCCCGAUUGUCAUCUGUUCUCCAGUCGUUGGAAGGAAGAACCCGCUCGUGGUGACAAACUCAGGGAAUGGAGGACGGCCAAUCGUCAUUUGCUCUCCUCAAUCUAGGAGGAGUGCAUCAUCCCUAUGGUCCCCAGUGCUACAGAAGGUCCGCAACCCUGUCGGUUCUCCCAUCGUUCGUACCAAGACGUCCAUUGCCAUCUGCUCUCCUGUUACUGAGAAGAACGGUGCUACUGUCACACAAGCACCUGUCGAUAAUCGCCCGUUCAAGCGUGUCGACUCGCACUGGGUUCGACCUGGGGAAAAGACGAGCAGGCUGCGCAUGUUCGUUCAGAACAACCUCCCACAGCUUCGAACUCAGGCGGUAUAA